AAUGAGUGCGUUCAGAGUACUACCGCUGGUAGACAAAAGUUACCACUGGUAGAAUUUCUUACCAUUGGUAUGCCAAUGGUACCAAAGUUUGCCGACAAAAUUUACCAUAGGUAGAUUUUUCUGCAGACGAACUAGAGCUCUGUUUGCAAUGGUAACUUUUUUAGUGACGUCACGAAAAUGGCGGGUAUAGAGUACGUGCUGAAAGCGACAGAUUUUUUAUCUCAGCUAUUUCCAUUAAAUCUUGUUGUUGCGGGAAAAAAUUACCGUAUAUUAACCAAAGCUACAAAUAUACAGUUUAUAUCUGACAAUCUUGAUGUGGUAUCUAAACAGCUAGAAAAGUUGCUUCCACCGGAACCACCCAAGGAUCCAAUAUUCAUUGAUUGUAUUAAUGGCCAAAUAGUCAUUCCACAGGUAUUAUUUCAAAAUGAAGAACCUCAGGAAACUCAAACUAGAAGUGAAUGCAGCUCUGCAUCCUGUGAUGUAAUUAGUCAAGCCAGCACCUCAGACAAUCCCAUCCCACAGAGUCAACCCCAAACUCCUAUCUACCAAGAUGACAGUGAUUGUGAAGAUUCAGGUAUGAGGAGUUCAAGGUAUGAGUGGAAGUUAACCACAACCCGAAAGCUUCUAAAUGUUUUAGAGGAAAAGAAAAAAGCUGCACCAGAGUCAUUUUCUAUUAACAAGAAGAUAUGGGCCGGGAUAUCGAAGGAGAUAUCCAAAACUGAAACUAAUUGUCCAUCUUCCAAUCAGUGUCGAGAAAAGUUCUAUACAUUAAAAAGAAGUUACAGAAAGUUUUUGUCAGAAUGCAAAAAAACUGGAAAUAAAACCCCUAAACCAUUUCGAUAUGAAAUUGAAAUGCAGAGUAUUCUUGAGGGGGAUCCAUCCUUUAAACCAUUAGUGUUGCGUAGCUCUUUUGGUAUGAGAAAAGAUGAUGAUGAGUCAGAUGAAGACACAAUUGAACAGGAAGAUGAUGCAAGCACCAGCAGUGCUUCGAGACCAACCACCCCCAUACCUACAGCCAAGACAAAGAAGAGGAAGAUUGACGAGAUGAAAGAGUAUUUUGAGGAGAGAGACAAAAAAUUCUUCGAGGUGAUGGAAAAUAUGCAAAACAGCAACAAGGAACUCUUAACCAAACUCAUUGAAAAAUUAGGCAAAUAGGGUACACAUUACAAAUGUUUUGUCCUCAUGCUUUAGAGGUCACAUUCUUUUGAGGCCAGAUUGUUCAAAAGUUUCACACUGUUGGUGUUUACUCACUUUGAUUUAUCUUUUUGACAAUUGCUUAAGUAAGCUUGUUAGUAUCAAUUAAGACAGAAGUUGUGUUCUAUAUUUCUUUUUACUUGUCAUUAUAAUAAUGAUUAUUUUGACCCG